AUGCAUCUCCUCUCUCUCCUCUCUGUUCUCGCGUCUGCUUCUGUUUGUGUUCUUGCGCAGGAUGCAACCUCUACUACCACCACCACUCAGCCUUCGAGCACCUGCUUGGCUCAAAACAUCCUCGAUACCUGCUUGGAAUCCGUCCAGGGCCGAGUUGAUGCGUGUGGUGCGAAUGAGUGGCGCUGUCUCUGCGACGAGACAACCAGUCUGCUAACAUGCUACGACAAUUGUCCCGACGAUGGCGGCCGUAACGGCGUCGCACAGCAACGAACCUCAUACUGCAACGCCGCAGAUCAGCUCGAACCCACUAGCACGACCUCGAUGACUACCGCCACCACGACGUCGACUAGAACUUCGUCGGCGACGGAUGGCGACGCGACGGCGACCACGAGCACGAGUACCAGCGACGGGGCCGCGGCGUCGGAGACGGCAGACGAUGCGGCGGGGCGGGUGCAGCUUGCGCUGGGAUUCGGUGUUGGGGCUGGGGUUGGGCUGGCCGUGCUGGGAGCUCUGUAG